CCCACAUCAGAAACUUGGUCAUAUACGCGGCACGGCGGGACAUUACGCACCGGGGCGGCCAGGACAAGGUUGAACGAGCAGUGGAUCGCCAGUGCCUCUGAAGUUUAGGCGCUCGGCAGCACACUAUCCUUGACACUGGUAUUUUCACUCUGGGAAUUUGCUACGAACUACGAAGUACAUAACGUCGGUCAGAAUUACGGAGAGCUCCACCGUGAACAUGGGCGAGAACACAGUCACAUGGAGUAGAACUAUUCCUUCCAAGUAUUGCCAGGAGUGCAAAGUACACUACGUCGACUUAAACAAUGAGGUAGAGCUGCAGGCCUGUAAGAUGGAAUACGCUCUCUGGCACCGGGGGGUUAGCCCUAGUGUUGGUACUGUGGCUCAAGUGUUUCCACGGAGUUCAAAGGCCAGAAGCUUCUCCAUGAAACAGCAACAUGAAGUCAUGUCAGCACCUAUCGAAUUAUCUGAUGGUCGUAUUUUGUCAUGCCCGGACGUUUUUAGAAAGGGUAAGGGUAAACACGACUCGCCCGGAAAACGGCGUUGCACUAUUACGGCGAUGACUUCAAGCUAUUUUGAUUCAAGUCAAGUCGGAGGUCAUUCCAUUUGGAAGAAACUAAAUAAAUAUCCCCGUGGCCUUUCGCGUGGGCACGGACUUAUUCGAUUGGAAACCCUCCACGAAAAGAGGGGGGGGAAAACCCAGAUGGCGCGUCCACGAAGCAUUGGGAUUUUACUAAGUGAAAUGUCAACGUGAGAAUCCAAGGGGGUUGGUUUGAAGUUACGGAUUAGCAAGGUCAAGUCACGUGACCUUCAUUUGAACGGCUGAGUGAAGAUUCUCUUUCCACCUAUUUA